UUAGCAAUUUUAAGCAGCUAGUUCAUAGUAUAUGAUGCCCACAUGUUUGAUAUGUACAGGGCGCCAUGGUACAGGCGAUGGGGUAUAUUUGUAUUGAGACCGCUAGUGUAAUCAGAUUGGUUUCCUUGGAUACCCGCCUGCGACGUGGCGCGCCGCUGGCGUCACUGGAAGGCGAUGCGGAAGUGUAGCUGGACGGUCCGACGGGCGGCGGUGCCUCGUGGCAGGAUUCCAUGAAGGACCUGGGUACGCUGACUGCAAGGAUAUCUUCCAUGUCUGUCUCAGCUCGCAGGGGACUCUGGCUACGUCAAUGGUCUGCAGAGGCGGAAUCCAGGAGAAGUGUGGAGAACCUACCCUACACAGGUCAGGCUCUAUUUGAGGAAGCGUUGGAUGUGUUGAUUUCCACGGCAACCGCGGCUAUGGUGAUGGUAGCACUAUCAGCAAUACGUCCGCGUUGCCUAGAGACGGUACGUCAGCGCUAGUCGCAUGUCAGUGACGUCAUCACGUCUCUCCGUGGAGCGGGACGGCAGCCAGCGCACAAACCUGGUGUCACAAAGAAGAGCAGGCCAUAGUAGCAGGACAAAUGUUGCACAGGAGGAUGCUGGUGCUACAGUCACAUCCAGGCCACACCUUAGUCCGCAAAUGCGCACAGGACAACCAACAUCCAGCCGCAAACACGUGGCGUUGAAAAGACCACGCCCAGAUCUCCCGAUGCCCACAUCUGCAUCUCCCCCUCACAGACGCAUCUCUACUGUGUCCUCAAGGCCACCAUCAGAUUUACUAGCACCUUCCCCAACACGCGACCCAGAAUACCCUCAUCUGGCUGAUGAUGACAGCAUGCCCACGGACCAGCACACACUGCAAACUGAUGCCACGUUUGUUCUGGAUCUCCGCCCAUUACAGACAACGCCACCUAGCACGGUACCUGUGGCCACGCCUCCACAACAAACAAGUCCGCAACCAAUAAUGAGCCCAAGUACACCACUGGCUCAAACUGAAGAGCAGACAUUUUGGUCCAGCUGGGCAAACCACCAGAGGCUCAAUUCAGAGUGUCUCCAAAGACAAAAUCAGCUGCUGGCAAGUCUGCCACAUUACAUGCCACGCAUAAGUAGAAAUCUCAGCAGAGAACAUUUGGAAACCAGACGUGUGGCGACUUGUCUGGAGCAAAUGCGGGCAGAAAACAGCACCAUGAUGACCACUUUACAGCGAAUUAUGGAUGACCAAAUGAGGCUACACCAAAACUACCAGCAUCUCCUUGAAAGGAACAAAAGCCUUACAGAAAGCCUGGGUAGAAUUAUAGACAAUAACACGGCCUCCAAUAAUCAAUUAAAUGCUACACUCAGUAACCUAAGCCACAACAUAAGUAUUUUACACUCCCAACAAGUGAGCACUAGCUCAGGAACUACAACCCCAAUAAAUACCCCAGUGACCUCCCCAAUAAGGAGGUCAAGCAGAUCACGAGCUCAUGUACCUGGCCCCGCCUCUGAAGCCUCCAAGGCUACACGAAAAAAAUAAAGCCAGCCUCUGCAGAUGGCAGAUGCGUAAGUGGGGUUAACAAUGUCUGUUGACGUUUGCAAUGUACACACUUUACACUUUAAUAAACAUAUUUGUGGUUUAAAAAUAAAAA